UGUCUGCCAGCUGCCCCCCUUUGUUGCUCACCUUCUACCAGGGAACGUUCUUCGCUGUCCGGCAACAUCAGACGACCAUCUUGAUACGCCCGUUGCUCACCGGUACGGCAAUUCCUUGCACGCGACCUGUGGGGUCAGAAGCUCCUCCCCCUCUUAUCCCUACCAUCAUCUUACCCUCCUUGAGUCCAGUCUGCAUUACCAUUCUACCCACGACCACUUCAACGAGAUAGAACACAAUGUCUGCUGCUGCAGACAUUGCCAACGGCAGUGUUCAUCUGCCUGCUGAGCCCAAGCUCGACGGAGCAGCAUUCGACGAUGCCACCGUCGACACGCCCAUCAGCGUUGGAGAGAGCAGCGAUGCGAGCGAGACUAGCAAGCUCAGGAUGAUCUUGCAGCUAGUGAAGAAAUGCUUCGGAGUGUCGGAUAUUGCCAACAUGCGACUUUCCCUCCCCUCCGUCCUUCUUGCUCCUGUCCCCAACCUUGAAUACUGGUCCUAUACCGACCGACCUGAUAUCCUAGCGAGCGUGAAUGACUCCCCAGACCCGUUCGACCGGAUGCUCUCCGUCCUCCGCUUUGUCUUCUCCAAAGACUUGAAGUUUAUCCGAGGCGGCGUAUGCAAGCCGUACAACUCUGUGCUUGGCGAACACUUCCGGUGUCAUUAUCGCGUACCAGCAUUGCCCAACCCACCAGAGCCACAGUUCGUUCCGAAGAGCUAUCUGCAUAUACCUACUCCAGCGGCAAGGAGCGAAGGGAGCAGCUUGCGGAGCUUUGGGAGCUGGAAGAGCGGUCAGAGGGAGAAGCCGGCCUCCAUUAGCCAGCUGUCGAGCCAACUCGAGAACGUGGUUAUCAUGGAGGAUGGACUGGAACUAAACGGCGAGGAAGCCCAAAUCGUCUUCAUUACGGAGCAAGUCUCGCACCACCCGCCAAUGUCGAGCUACUACUACGAAGUCGUUGACCGCGGUAUUCAAUUAUCCGGUGUGGACCAGAUCGCUGCCCGUCUUUCUGGCGCAUCCGUCCGCAUCGCUCCAGGCGAUAAGAACAAGGGUUUGUUCAUCAAGCUUACUUCCGGGCCGGGAGAAGGCGAGGAAUAUCACGUCACGCACCCCAUCGCGGCUGUCAACGGGCUGCUUACGAUGCGCCUGUAUGCGAGCAUAACUGACAGCGUCAUCGUCACUUGUCGCGGGGGGAAGGACGGCAAGCUGCUCCGCGCUAUCAUAGAGUACAAGGACGAGGGGUGGAUCGGCAAGCCCCAAAGAGCGGUGGAGGGCGUGAUUCAUACGUAUGACCCUGAUUCAGUUGAGCAGGAGGAGUGGAGAAAGGUCAAGCACGUGCCUUUGGACAGGCAUCUGGCGAGGUUUGAGGGUGCGUGGGACAAGAAGAUCAACUGGCGGAGAGCGAGCGAAUCGGACUGGCGCCCGCUCAUUGACCUCUCCACCCUCUCCCUUGUUCCUAAGAUCGUCCGUCCACUCCCCGAGCAGCUGCACAAUGAGUCCCGCCGUUUCUGGAAAGACGUCACCGAGAAUCUGAACAAGAAGAACUACAACGAGGCCACAGCAUGCAAGCUUCGCAUAGAGCAGUCUCAGCGGGACAUCGCCGCUGAACGGAAGCGGAAGGGGGUGCACUUUACCCCGGUCUACUUUGACAAGGACAUCGAGGAUGGGAGGAGUAGGCUCAACGACGACGGUAGAAAGGCUAUCAUGGAGGAGAUAGAGAGGGCCCGAACGGGGUCACGCAGCGCGUCACGGUGAUCUCUCGUGUCGGUCACAGAGCUCCCUUGUAGAUGUAUGCGGGGUUGAAGGGACUCUGGGAGGACUUGAGUCACACGCAUGCAGUGUAUUUAUCCCUCAUUCUCUAUUGCAUUUGACCAUAGACCAUCCACUCAUCGUUUUCCAUUGUAC